UUUCAUAUCUCUCAAAGAAUAUUUCAUCAAUGAAACAGUUUUUAUUUAAAAAAAAAUCAACUUGAUAAUUAAAAUUCACUUGAGAAAGGCGAAUGAAACGUUCAAAAUUCCAAAGAAAGAUUUUUGAUUGAUAAAAAUUUCUUCUUUAAUAUUCUUUCUAUUUUCUUAUUUUUAGACCUUUCAUUCAAUCAACCAAAGUUUUGCCCAACAGCCACUUGGAAUUCCAAUGGUAUUACUGUUGCUAAUCAAUCAAUUGUUGGCCAACAUCCUAACGCUUUUUUUGUGAGCAGAAAUAAUACAGUUUAUGUCGCUAAUCAAGAAAAGAACACAAUUGUAAUGUGGCAAGAAGACAGUGUCAAUCCAACAAAGAUCAUUCCUGGUAAUUUUAUGCAACCCUUGUCUCUUUUCGUGACAUCAAAUGGUGAUAUUUAUAUUGAUGAUGGUGAUUAUAAUGGUCGAGUGCUGAAAUGGAGUGCAGCAGCAAGUACCUUUACCACGGUGAUGAAUAUCAACUCAUCAUGUAUUAGUUUAUUUGUCGAUAUCCAUGACACUCUUUAUUGUUCGAUGCCUGAUCAUCAUCAAGUAGUGAAAAGAUCAUUAAUUGGUUCUGUGAUGAAUUCAAAUGUUGUUGCUGUUGGUACAGGUAUUUAUGGAUCAGCCUCGAAUCAACUCGGAAGUCCUCGUGGAAUAUUUGUCGAUGUGAAUUCCGAUUUAUACGUGGCAGAUUGUGGAAAUGAUCGAGUUCAAUUGUUUCAGCCGGAAGAAGCACAUGGCAUCACAAUAGCUGGAAGUACAACACAAAAUCCGACAAUUACACUUCGUUGUCCAAGUGGAAUUACAUUAGAUGCUGACAAAUAUCUAUUCAUCGUGGAUUCUGGCAAUCAUCGUAUUGUUAGUUCAAGCUUGAAUGGUUUUCGAUGUUUAGCUGGAUGUUAUGGACAAGGAUCACAAUCCAAUCAAUUGGCUAGUCCACUUAGUUUGAGUUUCGAUCGCUCUGGAAACAUAUUCGUUACAGAUCAAACAAAUCAUCGAAUUCAAAAAUUUCAAUACUUGGAAGAAUCAUGUGAUAUGUCAUCGGUGGUUGAAACAAUGUACUCAUCUGUAUUAACAUCAAAUCAUCCAAUAUAUCCACGUACUGGUUGUGAUAUUUCGUACUACUAUGAAGCCAUAAAAAUUCAAGUUUAUAAAAGUGGUCAUUAUAGUUUUAAUAGUAUGAGCAAUAUCAAUACAUACGGCUACAUGUACGCGAAGUAUUUUGAUCCAUUUAGUCCGUCUGCAUAUUUAAUCGCCGCAGAUGAUGAUAGUUCCAGUAAUUCUCAGUUCAAUAUUAGUAUUCCUCUUGAGAUCAAUAACGAAUAUAUAUUGGUUGUAACAACAUAUAAUUUAAUUGAAACGGGAGCAUUCUCAAUCCGUGUGUCUGGUCCCGACAGUGUUGGUCUCGAAUAUCUAAAUAGUCCACCAGUGAUCCAAUCGACAUACUUAUCAAUGUUGACAGAGAAUAGUCAACAUUUUCCUCAACCCUCCGGAACUGGAAAAUAUUAUUAUGAAAGUAUACAAAUCAAUGUGAACAUGUCUGGAUUAUUUAUUAUUUCAAGCAAGAGUCGGUCCGAUUUAUUCGGGUCUAUCUACAAGAAUAGUUUCAAUCCAUUAAAUCCGACUGAAAACUUACUCGAAGUGGAUGAUAAUGGAUGUUCUGAUAAUCAAUUCAAACUCUUAAUUGCUUUUGAAGUCAAUACUAAAUACAUAUUAGUUGUAACAACAUCACAAGCAAAUGUUACAGGAACAUUUUUAAUCAUUGUGUCUGGACCAACCAAAGCCGUUCUUGAACGUACUAAUAUUUCAUCUACAUCUACAUUUAAAUCUACAUCAACAACGACAACAACAAAAACUGUUUCAACUACAUCUAAAUCUAUAUCAACAGCAACUGCAUUCAGUAGUUUAUUACCAUUUAAAUAUAAACUUGAAUUUACUAUUGAUGGUGUAUUAUAUAGUAAUAAAUAUUCGAAAAUGGAUCAUCAAUGUUAUAGAACUAAAAUAAUUAAUUAUGAUUUUCUUUAUGAACCAAUGAAUUCUCAUUUAUGGUAUGAUCAAUCAGAGAAUGAAAACAUUUAUUCAAAAUGGAUAAUUAACAAAGUUGAUGGAUAA